AUGGCGUUUACUACCCAAAAGCUCUCUUUGAUGACAAGGGUGGUAUUGGCUCUACUAGCCGUAUCAUCAGCCUGCGCAUUUCCAAUCCAAGGCUCCAACAGCGAGAUGCAAACACAACCUGUAGCAAAUAUCCAGCCUCGCGAUCCACGAAUCAUUCCCAAUACGGAAAAUUAUCUCGCGAGCAUCUUGAACGAGGUUGGCCUGGGUCCUCCACCCAAAUCAGAGCUCCCAGCUCCCGAAAUCCCAUCACCCCCUGUGUCUGUGCCAGUACCGGUGCCCUUCUAUUUUCCUACUCCUACCGUUGAGAUUAGUGAUCACGGCAAUGGAAACGUCGAAGGACUGUAUCCAUCUCCGGCCAUCUCUAGCUAUGAGUCGAGUUGGACUACCAAUGUUCAGAAUGAUUCUGACCACCCUGUCAAGAACAUCCAGAUCGGAGACUGGCAUGGCGGAAACAAGAUCGAGGCGUCAGAUAUUCCCAAUGUGCUGAAUGCCGUGGAAAAAUUGGUUUCCCACAGGCUUAAUGAUAUUUACAGUGCAGACGAGAUUUCGCCCUGA